UCUGAUAAUUGUUUUCGUGUUAUGUUUUGAUAAGACCUAUUAAUCUGGUACGCGAUUUCAGAUUGUGAAAAUGUGGAGAAUAGUCCUAGUCACGAUUGUUUUAUUUCACGGAAUAAACGCUCAACCUGCUGCUGAUUACGAUGGUGUGUGCACUCCUACUCCUGGGUGUAAUGACGAUCUAGUAUGUCGUGAUGAUGGUGCUGGCACUGAUAAGUGUUUGUGCCCAAUACCAGACUGUGGACCAUUGUCAUCGUUUAGCGUGGCUUGCAAUUCUGAUAACGAGUGUACAGCUGAAGAUAAGAAUACAGUCUGUGAUGUUGGAGGAGUUCCGAAAGUCUGUAUUUGUGUACCUGGAACUUCACAAAUAGGACCUAUAUGUGUUGAGGACGGAAUGCCAACUGGUGAAUGCUCCGACGACAUCUGUACGGACAAGAACUCUGCAUGCAACGCUGAUGAGAUAUGCGAGUGUACAGCGCCUGCAGCCCUGUAUAACGGCGCCUGUAUCGAAGAGGGAAAACCAUGGGGUCCUUGCACCGCUAACGAUACGUGCGACAAAAAUGCCGAGUGCCUCGAAGGAAUGUGCAUGUGCAAAGAUGGCUUCGACCAGCAGAGUGGACAAUGCAUCAUGAUUGGUGCCUUCGGUGGACAGUGUGACGGAACUGGAAACAACGAGUGUUCCAAGGACAAGAAUGCUGUGUGUGAUACUACUGCAGAGAAGUGUAUGUGCAAUGCACAGUCUGACCCUAUACAAGGAAUGUGCCGCAUGCGUGGCGCCGUCGGUGGAAUGUGUGACGGUAGCAACGAGUGUACCCAGGACGUAAACGCCCAGUGCAUGGAGGGCAUGUGUACAUGCAAGACGGGCUUCUCGCCUUUCAGUGGCAUGUGCAGGAAGGCGGGAUCCGUCGGCGGUCUUUGCGAAGCCAACAUUUGCUCCGGAGACAAGAAUGCCAUGUGUGACAACGGAAUCUGCACAUGCAAGAUGGGGACUACCGCCAUCGCAGGGAUGUGCCGCACGAAUGGAGCUGAAGGUGGAUUCUGCGUCGAAAACAUGUGCACGAUGGACAAGAAUGCGGUGUGUGUUAGUGGCAUGUGCAUGUGCAAAGCUGGGUACAGAGCUAUCGGCGGCAUGUGCAGGCGAGACGGGAGUUUCGGAGGAAUGUGUGUUGGAAACGCUUGCCCCAAUGACAAACAUGCGAUGUGUAUGGGCGGCAUGUGCGUAUGUUCAUCUACAGCGACCUCCAUCGCAGGGUGGUGCGUCCCCAACGGUGCCUCUGGAGGACAUUGUGAAUUAGGCGCCUGCCCCCUGGACAAGCUGGCCACGUGUACCAACAACAUGUGCAUGUGCAGGACCGGUUCGGUGGCCAUUGGUGGCAGUUGCAGGCUCACUGGCUAUCUGGGCGGAAUGUGUAGCUCCACGAGCAAGUGCAAAGGGAAGUUUCUCACGUGUGACACAAGCUCCAUGAUGUGCGUCUGCCAGGGCGGAUGCAGGACAUUUCAUGGAACGUGCAUACCGAACCGAAGGCAACACAAGUAGCCCGCUACGUCAAAUCUGGAUGGUUCUCCAACAACAUGCAAACCAUUCAGUUCCAACAAACGAAUAUUGUACCAACGAAGUAACCUAGCGACUGUAUUUCUUCCUUUAACUGUCUUAAAUAACAGCAUUAACAAAGCCUCAGGGCCCGUAUUCAACUCACAAGAAGUUAAACUGUUACCUUACAAAAGCAAACCACACCUAUGCUUUGAGAUUAUUCACACCAGGAUUAAAAUGGUUCCACUCGCAGAUAUAUGAAUUCAACUUUAGUAUAGCAUCUGCUUGUACAAGAAAGUACAUUAUAUUCGGUUUCCAUGGUAUUAUAACAAUAAGACCUCUCUUAUAUGAAAUGGAAGAUGAGUUGAAUACAAGCCCAGACGUGGAGUUGAUAAAGAUUA